GUAGCAGCAACAGCAGCAAUUUCUUCCUGAAAAAAAUUUAUCUCGAGCGAGUGAGAGAGGCAGUGCCGAUUCACUUUUAACUUUGCUAGCAGGAGGAGGAGAAGAAGAGAAGAAGAGGGAAAUCACAGAGAAAUGGCAUCUCAUGGGCAGUCGAACUACGCGGCGGGCGAAACCAAAGGCCGUGCCGAGGAGAAGACGGGGCAGAUGAUGGGGAAAGGGAGGGAGGCGACGGACGCCACGAAGGAGAAGGCUCACGAGACGAAGGAGCGAGCGCAGGAGGGGAAGGACAAGAGCGGCGGCUACCUGGGCGAGAAGACGGAGGCCGCCAAGCAGAAGGCGUCCGAGGCCGCGGAGUCCGCCAGGGAGACCGCCGUCUCCGGCAAGGACAAGACCGGCAACUACGUCGGCGAUAAGACCGAGGCCACCAAACACAAGGUGUCCGACGCCGCCGACACCGCCAAAGACUCCGCCCGGUCCGGCAAGGACAAGACCGGCAGCUACGUCGGCGACACGGCCGAGGCCGCCAAGCAGAAGGCGUCCGAGGCCGCGGAGUCCGCCAAAGAGACCACCCAGGCCGGCAAGGACAGGACCGCCACCUUCUUCCAGCAGGUGGUGAACGCAGCACAGGGAGCGACGGAAGCAGUAAAGAACACGCUGGGGUUGGGGGCAGAAAACGAUCCCAACAAGGCUGCCGGAGACAAGUCCACCGUCAAAGAUGCAGCCCACGGCGCAGUCAGGGAUUAGUUACGCCGACGGAACGGAUUUACUAUUGCCCUCAGUUGUCCGAUGGACGCAUCAUUAUGUUUUAUUCGAAUAAAGUAUUUUGACUACUAUAUAUAUAUAUAUAUAUAUAUAUUUCCUUGUAUGUGUCGAUGUCCAUUCGUGGUCUUGUGUCGUAAGUGUCGUUGUCCGAUCGAGUCUGUAUUUGGGUCUCUCAAUGUUGAGAAAGUGUCGGGCCCUGUGUCCGCUCGUUGAUCGUUCUAGUUUUUGCUCGUCGGGCGAGGGGGGUUACUGGGAGGCCGCUUUCUUUGUAGUAAUAACGCUUUUGAAUUUGUCACUUGGGUAUGUUGGUUGUUAAUUUGUUUACUCUUUUAACCAGCCCCGAGGGGUUUCUGCUUU